AUGCAAUUCCUCUCUUUCGCUCUGAUUUUUGCUAGUGCUCUCAUGUUUUCGCAGAUUCAAGCGACCCCAGCAAGCGGCCUUUAUGCCACCAACACCUUUGAGCAAGAAUCUCACGUUUUGAAACGAGCUGAAAGUUCUUCAGGAACAGACUCUAACACCAUGGACGGGCCUCCAACAGAUAGAACUUCAACUUCAGAUAAGCUUGGAUUGAAUGCUGGAAACCUCACUGAUAUACCAGAAAAGACCGCCAGUACGACAAACUCUGAUGAAGACCAAAUCAAGGCGGCUAAAGAAGCUAUCACUAAGCAAAAGAAAGUCACCAAGGCUGAAUGGCAAAAGUUCCAAGAUGAGGAAGAUAAGUUACAAAAGAUGACACAUGAUCUUGUGGUUUUGGAGAUGAAAUCACACAAGCCACCAACCAUGAGUCCAACCAUGGGACCAACCAUGGGUCACAUCAGUGUCUAA